UAUAAAUUAGAGAUGCAGAUGGAGGAGUCAGUGACCAGUUGCACCUGUGCCCUUCGCUUUCUCUCGUUCAGGGUCCACCACUUGGGAGAGAAGUCCACGAGGACGAUGAACUGCAAAUUGCAGGAAACCAGUCAGUGUCCAGCUUAAGAACAGGAGGGAGGAGUUGAAAUUAAGAGCCUCUUCUGAGAGAGAGAGAGAGAGAGGUGCAGUGCAGUGAAGUGAAGUGUUGCCAUCUCUUGAAUCUUUUAUUCUGAUUGUUCUUGGAGUUCUUCCUUUAAUUUCCAUAAUCUUGUUAGGCACUGCGAGCAUCUGAUCGAGAGCAUCAAAAGAUUAUCUUGGAUCGAUGGCAAAUAAUCAAGGAGAGGGUGAUCAUUCUGCCACAAAUUUCUUUGACCAGGAGGGAGCUGCUUACUUUGGGGAGUUGGAGGAAGCUCUCGUGCAUGGAGUUGCAGGAAUCACAAGUGACCAACACAAAAAGUCCUUCUGCCCCAGCAGGCCCCCAACUCUCCAUAUCUUCCCCUCACGGCCAAUCAGAUUUCAGCAAUUUUCCAAGUGGGAUUCACAGACUGAGGGGAGCACGGAUUCAGGAUCAGAGCAGAACACACUUUCACAAAUGGACUCAGAGGAGUCUCCGGUGAGCAGAAAGGCUUCAUCGGCACUGUUUGGGAAGCAGAAAGAGAAGAUGGCGAGUGAUGCUCCUCACACAACAGGAGAAGAAAACCAGCAGAUGAAAGCUCAAGAAAAGAGGAGAUUGGUGGCUUCUACUUCAGACAAAGACGGCAAAUCAAUCGAUCCAAAGACAUUGAGACGCUUGGCUCAGAAUAGAGAAGCAGCCAAGAAGAGCCGGCUAAGAAAGAAGGCUUACAUACAACAAUUAGAAUCCAGUAAAAUAAAACUUACUCAGCUCGAGCAAGAUCUCCAGAGAGCUCGUGCACAGGGUCUUUUCUUAGAAGGAUGUGGUGCAAAUGAAAAUGUCAACUCUGUAGUGUUCGAUAUGGAGUACUCGCGUUGGUUGGCCGAGGACUGCAAGAACACGGUGGAGCUCCGGCGAGGUCUGGAGACCCAUCUCCCAGAUGCAGGUCUAAGGGUUGCAGUAGACAGGUGCCUCACACAUUACGAUGAACUAUUCCAGCUCAAGGCAACGACAGCCAAGUCGGAUGUGUUCCACAUCAUCACCGGCGUGUGGACUACUCCGGCGGAGAGGUGUUUCUUGUGGAUGGGUGGAUUUAGACCAUCCGAGCUUUUAAGGGUCGUGAUUCCACAACUCGAUCCUCUUACUGAACAACAGCUAGUGGGGAUAUAUAACCUCCAACAAUCUUCUCAACAAGCAGAGGAGGCGCUAUCUCAGGGCCUCGAGCAAUUCCAACUCUCACUCGCCAACACCGUGGCCAGUGACUCCCUCAUCGAGAGUGCCAACCUCGAGAAUUAUAUGGGUCACAUGGCCAUGGCGGUAGGGAAGCUUGCUAACCUCGAGGGAUUCGUUCGACAGGCUGAUAACUUAAGACAGCAGAGCCUUCACCAGAUGCAUCGAAUUCUAACUACCCGGCAGGCCGCAAGGUGUUUCCUGGCGAUUGGAGAGUACCAUAGCCGUCUCCGUGCGCUUAGCUCCCUUUGGGCUUCUCGGCCGAGAGAGAACUUGAUGAAUGAAAGUGCCUUGCCUGUGACCACAGAGCUCCAAACAGUUCAGCAACCAGUAGAUGGCCAUUUUUCAGGCUUCUAAAAAUGCAAGAAUGUGAUCAGAUUCGUUGCAUUUAUAUACAAAAACUUGUUGGUUCCACAGGAGGAAAGAGGAGGCAACAGCUGAUGGAUCAAUGAAAUGCAUGGAGAGAUUCCCUGACAAAAAACAUGAGGAAAGUUAGGCAGAUUGUGAAGAGGGUGUAGAUAAGAUUGGUGUUCCUUCUUUAACCAUCAGACACUGCAACAUCAGUCCCACCUAAUCUGCAAGUUGUCAGCUCACAUUUUGGUCACAAAAUUAAUGUAAAGAAGGAGCAGCUUAUGGUUCUUAAUUGUCAGUUCUUCUUGAUAGAAUCCACAAUUCCUAAUGGAUUAGUGACGAGGUAACUUUUAGUGUCAA